CUGCCGCAUAGUUAUCUUCAGGCGGCAGCUGAGGCGGCAGGAAAGGACAAAAAAGGCGAAAUGGAUCGGGAGUGGGGUUCGAAGCCGGGGAGCGGCGGCGCCGCGUCGGCGCAGAACGAGGCGAUCGACCGGCGGGAGCGCCUCCGCCGCCUCGCCCUCGAGACCAUCGACCUCGCCAAGGACCCCUACUUCAUGCGAAACCACCUCGGAAGCUACGAGUGCAAGCUGUGCCUGACGCUCCACAACAAUGAGGGGAACUACUUGGCGCACACGCAGGGGAAGCGGCACCAGACCAACCUCGCCAAGCGAGCCGCCCGCGAGGCCAAGGACGCCCCCGCCCUGCCCCAGCCCCACAAGCGCAAGGUUGCCCUUCGCAAGUCCGUUAAGAUUGGCCGACCUGGGUACAGGGUAACAAAGCAAUUUGAUCCGGAGAGCAAACAACGGUCCCUUCUUUUCCAGAUUGAGUAUCCUGAAAUUGAAGACAACAUCAAGCCAAGGCAUCGAUUCAUGUCAUCUUUUGAGCAGAGAGUUCAAGCUUGUGAUAAGAGGUAUCAGUAUCUUCUCUUUGCGGCUGAACCAUAUGAGAUAAUUGCUUUUAAGAUUCCCAGCACAGAGAUUGAUAAGACCCCAUCAAAGUUCUUUUCAUACUGGGAUCCUGAUUUAAAGAUGUUCACGCUUCAACUGUAUUUCAAGGUCAAGCCGCUUGAACCUAAUAAGCCAUCAGCAGCAGGUGCUCCGGUAGCAAAUGGCACUGCAGCUCCUGGUGUUCCUCCAAGGCCGCCGCCACCCCAAGCGCCACCACCGCCACCACCACCUCCUCAAGUACCUCUUCCGCCUGCACCUCUUGUGAACCCUCCUAGGGUUCCACCACCGCCUGCCCCGCAGAUGGGUGGGUCACAACCCCCGCCCCCACCUCCGAUCGCAAAUGGCCCACCUCGUCCAAUACCACCACCACCGAUUGGUGGCGCGAUGGCUAACUUCACUCCAGGUGUCCAGCCUGGCGCUCCGCCGCCGCCAGUGGCAGGCUUUCUUAAUCAGCAGAUUCAAGGCCAAGGGGCUCACCCACCGGCACCACCACCACCUCCUAACAUGGGCCAGUAGGGUUAAUAAGGGGGGACACCCCUAAUUACUAUUUUGAUGUAUCUUUCCCUUCUGCAAAUGCUGGUUCUUGUCAAUGACAUGUAUUGUUAUAUACAUGUCAUGAUAGAUAUAGUACAUGGUAAAAUGAUGAUCAAAGUUGGAUUUUCUGCUGAAAUUUGCAAAAUUUCUGUCUGCUGUUCCCCUUUUUCUUCUAUGCGGAUAUUGGUGUCGGACUGGCACGGUGCAUUCCACCAACAACUAAAACUUAAUUUUCUUUUCUUAUCUUUUCUCUCAGGAAACAGGGUUAUUACCUAUUUAAUUACAAAAGUCCUUGGUUUUAA